UUAGAAAGGGCAGAAGGAGCAGAUCGAAGCAGCAGCAGCAGGUAGAAUUUGAGAGACUAGUACGUAGCCAGCUAGCAAUGGAAGAACAUAUUAACCCUUUGGCAGUGACUCAUCUGCUUCAACACACACUGAGAAGCUUGUGCAGUCAAGAAAAUUCACAGUGGAUCUAUGCCGUCUUCUGGAGAAUCCUCCCAAGAAACUACCCACCACCCAAAUGGGAAGGUCACGGAGCUUAUGACAGGUCAAGAGGGAACAGAAGGAACUGGAUAUUGGUUUGGGAAGACGGUUUUUGUAACUUUGGUGCCUCACCCUCCCCAGCUCAUGAUCAGAUCAACUCAUCCAAUGGUGAGUGUCCAGGAGGCCCUUCUUCAGUUUACGGUGGUGAUCAGUUUCAACAUCACCAGUAUUACCAUGGCCUGCAACCUGAGCUUUUCUUUAAGUUGUCCCAUGAGAUCUACAACUAUGGAGAAGGGUUGAUAGGGAAAGUGGCAGCAGAUCACAGUCAUAAGUGGAUAUACAAAGAACCAAAUGAUCAGCAUCAAGAAAUCAACUUUUUAUCAGCAUGGCAGAACUCAGCUGACUCGCACCCUAGGACAUGGGAAGCCCAGUUCCAGUCUGGCAUAAAGACUAUAGCUCUGAUAGCAGUGAGGGAAGGCGUAGUUCAGUUGGGAUCAAUUAACAAGGUAGUUGAAGAUCUGAGCUAUGUUGUUAUGCUCAGAAAGAGGUUGAGCUACAUUGAGAGCAUCCCUGGAGUUCUUCUGCCUCACCCAUCGUCUCCAUCAUUCCCCAGCUUCAAGCUUGACCCUCAUGGCUAUGGUAAUAUUGGUGCUCCUUCAGAUCAUCAUAGCCAUGCAUGGCACAAUUUCCAAGGCAUGAAUACUAAUGGUACAAAUCUUCUUGUUCCACCACAUCCAAGUACUACUCAUGACCAAUAUUAUGAGCACCAUUUCAACAUGAACCAUCAAGUGCCAAUGUUGAAAAACAUAACACCCUCUAUGAGUAGCCUUGAAGCUCUCCUCUCCAAGCUUCCCUCUGUGGUGCCCUCGCUACCUAAUACUACUCAUGAUCAUCACCAGUUUCCGGAAUCGUCUCAGCAUCAUGGAGGAGGAGAUAUGCAAUUUAUGGCAAGUACGGAGCAGAAGGUAGUGGCUAAGGAGGAGACUGAUGUUCAAGAAGAAGAGGAAUACGGGGAACCGGAGCACAAGAAGGUUUGCGGUAACGUCGGGGAGAGCAGCAGUUCUAUGUCCGCCGUCUACGGCCGUCAACAAGCCCAGCAUUUCCAUCACCAACACUGA